AUGGAUCCAAUUGCCACCCCUAAUAAAAGGUAUACGCUCAUCAAAGUUUUGUUGAAAGUUGAUUUUAUUGAUUAUAAUUGUGGUGAAAGGUUAGUAAUGGGAAAAAUAAAUAGAAACAAAUACAAAGGCUUUGUAGACAGUCCUCACAAGAUGUAUGCUGAAAACCUUGGCUGGGAACUGGACUCUCAGGAUCUUAGAGAUGCCUUUGCUGAACAGCCGGGAUUACUGGGUGCUCGAGUCGUCUAUGAGAAGGACAAUGGAAGAUCUCGAGGUUUUGGAUUCGUUACUUUUGAAACUGCUGAGGAUUUACAGGCUGCUUUGAAGGCUAUGAACGGCGUGGAGGUUCAGGAUUGGCCGCUGCGAUUGAAUUUGGCUGCAGAGAGGAAACCUUCUUCUCCUCCUCCAGUAAUUGAGGAAAGUACAGCAAGCAAUGUCUAUCAUACUUUCUCUAAUCUGAAUAUUAUGCAUUGGAAGAUCCAAGUCAUAUGGUCUAGUUGCCUUCAUUUAAUUAUAAUUUUUCAUUUUAAAAUAUGACGAUCUGACUAAUAUUUAUUUUUGCUUAUGAUGGUUUUAUUAUGUUAUAUUAUAUUGGAAAAUAUUUACAUAAGAAAAAUAUGAUUUUACCUUCUUUCAGGUUUCA